AUGUCUGGGCCAGACCCUGUCGCCUUCUACAACGACUGGUUCUUCACAACCAACCAGACCGACUUCAACUGCCCCAACUCCCUGCCGUGCCCGCCGCCCAGCAAGGCCUGCGCGCGGGACCCGACCAACGGCGCGCGCUACUGCUGCGACGGCCAGCCCGACGCCAAGAGCAAGGUCGGGCGCGUGUGCUGGAGGGGCCCGACGACGUGCCGGGCCGACGGCAGCACCGUCGACUGCAGCAACAGCAAGCGCACCUGGUGCUGCCUGUCCGAGCUCGAGCGCUGCAGCCAGACGCCCGGCCAGGAGGCCGCCAUCUGCUGGAGCACGCGCCACGACCCGCUCUACAACGUCAGCUACGACGACCUCGACCGCCUGCACGGCAGCCUGAGCUCCCGCCAGACCCAGGCCACCGUACUCUCCUUCGACCUCGUCUCCCUCAUCAGCGCCACCGCCACCGCGCCCUUCGCGACCGCCUCGAGCGCGCCCUCGUCCACCCAGUCCGGAUCCUCGUCCACCUCCUCCCCCGCUUCCAGCUCGUCCGGCAGCACCGCCACCCCGACCGACGGCUCCUCCUCCUCCUCCUCGCCCGCGCAGGGGACGCAGAACUCCUCGGCGGGCGGCGGCGGCGUCUCGGGCGGCGCCAUCGCGGGCAUCGUCGUCGGCGCCGUCGUGGCAGCCGCGCUGGUCGCCAUCGCCGUCUUCUUCCUGCUGAAGCGGAGGAAGAACAAGGGCGGCGGCGCCGCGACGCCCGCGGAGCUCGGGGGCGGACCGUUGCCCGCCGGGGGCCCGCACGAAAAGGGCCCGCACCACUACCCCGGCGGGCAGGAGGCGGUCCCCGCGGCCGCGGUGGAGGCGGACAACUACUACAGCAAGAACGCGGGCUCGCCGCCGCCGCCGGGGUAUCAGUACCCACAGCAGCAGCCACAGCAACAACAGUACCGGGAGCUCAUCGGGGAGGGCCACCAUGCGAUGCGGUCCGAGCUGCCUGUCGAGGAGCCGCAGGAGCUUCCGGGGUCCUACGCCGGCCAUCACCCCGGUAGCGGCGGCAGCGGCGCGCCGUACUCUCCCAUAAGCUCGACGACGGCGGGAUACCAGCCCAGUCCGUAUUCCGAGACUAGCACGCCCAUGAGGUGAUGGACGGGGUGGGAGAGAAGGUGAAUGGGGGGUCGAAUGGACAUUACAAUCCCUCGUUUUUUAAUCUUUACGCUUAUUUCCUCGGAUUCCUAUAAUUGUUGAUCCUUGGUUCCUAUAUAAAAUUUAACGUCUUGGCACCAGUCCUUUCAUUUUGCCCCAAUACUAGGUAAAUAAACAUCUAACCCCUUCAAAGGUAUCCAAGGGCUAUUGGAAAGGGGCAAGUUGAAUGGAAAAUGCGGGCGUGUUGUACACAUGAUCCAACCUAGAGACAUCUGUAUGUGGAGGAGCAGGCAAUGCCUAGACAUCCCUUUUAGUGCCGUCAGGUUCUCAAUCGUUUAUCGCGUUCGUAUUACCCAAUGAGAAUAAAAAGAGGCACAAGAACAAGAACAGGGAUAGGAAUAAGAAUAAAAGCAAGAAAAAGAUGUAAACAAAAGGGCUAGGUGUUGCAAA